GUGAGCUCAUGGGGCUCAGCUGGGCUCGCAGAGGUAGCGCGGACACGCAAUGAACACGAGUGUCAUGGAAAGUCUAAGAGGGGCACUUGUUCCAGGGCUGCCUGGACAAUGAAGAAUCGGCUGCCACCCCCUCUGUCGCCCCCCAGGCCAUGCCAAGGCGGGCGGCUGCCUCACAUGAAUAGCAGGUCUGUUCCAGCAGCUGCGCCCUGGGCCGGCGCUGAGGCUGCAGGAGCACAGAGCGCUCCGCUGCCGCUCCGGCUGCACAGGGGACACAGACCUGGGGACAGAGGAUGGCCACGGAGAGGGACAGCACCAAUCCUCACACUCCAAAGGAUGUAAAAGCAUAAGCUGCAAAUGGACCAAGAACUCCUCUGCUUUCAAUCUGCUUUCUGAAAACCCACAAAGAAGCAGAGUUGACCCAGUGAGCAUCGAGGCAUGAGCUCGGAACACCAAUCAUGCGAUUAACACAUGAAUAGUGAGCGGCUUUUCCAAGACUCAUUUAUCAAGGAACAAAGCCUGAGUGAGCCUUCUUUGAGCUCUCCUGGCUAAGCAGCCUGACUGCAUGGCAGUGAUUUCCCCUUGCACUGUGACAACCCUCAAGGCUGCCUCUCAAAGCAGAGACCUUUUACCAGCAGCAGAUUUCUGGGCAUGAAUCCUCACCUCCGGAUCAACGGGCCGAUGAACAUCAACCACUACGCGACCAAGAAGAGCGUGGCAGAGAGCAUGCUGGACGUGGCACUGUUCAUGGCCAACGUCACCCAGCUCAAAGCUGUGCUGGAGCAGGGGACGUCCUUCCAGUACUACGCCACCCUCAUCGUGCUCAUCAGCAUCUCCCUCUUCUUCCAGGUGAUGAUUGGGAUUCUCCUGAUCGUCACUGCUCGUUUGAACCUGAAUGAUAUCACAAAGCAACCCCGCCUGAAUAUACUCAACAAUGCUGCCACAGCUCUCAUCUUCAUCACAGUCAUCCUCAACAUCUUCAUCACAGCCUUCGGGGUGCAGAAGACUGGCCUCUACCCUAGCAGGAAUUUUGGACCUUAUUAAUUCAUGGGGCAAUGGACUCAGGAUCUGAGCAGUUCAGCUCUCCUCCAUGUUUCCACUGACCUCAGCAGGACCCCAUGGACAAAUCCAGAAAACUGGGUUAAACUUCAAAACUCUGUGUGUAUCAUAGCAUACUGGCCCCUUGCUUUUGCAGUUCCGAGGGGUAGGAACAUUGCCUUUCCAAGCUAGAACAAACUUUGCUAGAGAAAGCUGCAGGAAUGGCAGCAGGUAUACGUUUUGAAAGUGCAGUUCUGUAAAUCUCUUUUCUUAUUUUAACUGCCUGCUUCACAUAUUCAAUAUUGGCUCAUUUGGUAGAGAAGACUGAAGGAUUUACUUUGUAGGCUAAAUAAAUAAGUCCAGCUUUUUUUUUGUCUCAAACAUAAGUUGAUGCCCUUAAAGCAAUUCUAUGUAAUAGUUUACCUCCCAAAUUUUGGAAUGGAUUUCUCAAACUAAAAAAGAAGUUUUCCUAGGAGGAUAGAAUGGUGUGUGUACACAAAGGUAGCUAGAACCAGUUCAAAUGUUUUCCUAGUUAUUUAAAAUAAAAUGUGACAUAGUUAAGAAAACAAUCAGAUCUUUCCAGCACUGAAAUAUUAACAAGGACAGAAAAUAGUUAUUGUGGUCUGAUGUCAUCAUCAAUGACCUAUCAGGAAUUAUGUCAGAAUAGCCUGACAAUACUUAAUGGAAAAUGAAGAAACCUUUUACAGAAGGACACGGCCUAGGCUUAUUGCUGCAAUGAAAAAUGACAGUUGAAUAGCUUAUUACUUUAGUUUAAAAAAUCACCAUUAUGAUUUAUUCUUAUCGCUAAUAUAAAUGUUUUAAAAUGUAUUUGGUUUAUAAUGACAGCUCUGGUAAUUCUCUUGUAUUAGAAUAAUUUGUUUCUGUAAGAAAAAAAUCCUUUGAAUUAAUGAGUUUCAAGAUUUUUAUGAAAGAGUAAAAAUUUUCAUUCCUAAAUUUUUAAACUCUAUAGUCAUUGUAAAAAAUGGUAUUUUAAUAGCCUUACAUAAGCCUAUUUAAAUAAUUACAUGUUCUUUUGAUUAUUAAAUAACUUUUCCAUUGUACUGCAGAA